AUGGAGCAGCUCGACUCAGCCAUGUGUCAGCCAGACAGUCUGUGUCUUCGAGAGUCCGGCGAGUGUUUGAGAGAGCACGUAAACUGCAUGAUGAGGUCGCUUCAGGACCUAAAGCAUCUGAGGAGGACGUGUCCCGCUGCCAGCAGACAUGCUCGCAGUCCCGCCAGCAUCCAGAUACCCACCGUUGGCAACUCUCUUCCAGCCGUCUCUAUCGGCAGCCUAUCAUCAGUGCCGCUCUCCUACCGGCCCAGAGAUCACCGCACGCGUCUUAGGAUAUCCAGCGCCAGCACGGCCAGCACCUAUGACUCAGCCUGCUGCCUGGCCACCCCUCUGGAGGAAGAGGAGGAUGAAGACGAGGAUGACGGUCGCAACAGUCGGUUAGGCCUCAACUCGCCCAGCAGUCACAAGAGUUUGGACUUAGACUCUGGGUACUCGGAGGCAUCGUGGCAGGAUGAAGGAGUGGUCCUCAGGAGGACGAGGAACGUUCGGGUGUCAUCCUCGGCCUGCCUUCGCACCAACAGGGCAGUAAGCGGACGCGUACGACCCAAAUCGACGUCGGACGCUUGCCUGGAAAGGUGGACGUCCUUCGAGACGGGCGAUCCGGAGGACUGGGCAAACGCUUUGCUGACCAGAGGACGCAGCCGCCAACCUCUGGUUCUGGGAGACAACAGCUUUGCGGACCUUGUAAAGAACUGGAUGGAUCUACCAGACUGUCCCGAGCCCCCCGAGCUUAACCCCAAACCUAGACGCAGACUGGGAAGAAGCCUCUUGGUCAACAUACGGAGAAAGUUAGCUGGCUUGUCAAAGAGCAUGGAGGAGAGAGUGAGAAUGAGAUCCACUGACACUCACCUCAACAGAACUGCCAAUGCCCCGAAACGUCUCUCUUGUCCCGUCGUCUCAUCAGAGCCAAAGGUCCCCUUUUUCCACCAGUCCCACUCCGCCAUUCACGAGCUGGACAUGGACUUUUACCACUUUGCUGCCCUUAUGAAGUCUGGUAGCAGACAGCCCAUCAUAUGCAAGGACAUCAUUGGCUACAUCUAA